AUGAGAGCGAGAAGCCAGAGGUUGUUUCUGGGAAAGACCGUCCUGCAGUCCAACUGUGUGGAAGAGGUAGAACAGGGUCACCUGCAUCAGCCUCGGUGGGAAUCUGGCAUCGGUUCCAGAAAAAGACAUGUACGACUUGUCAAACUUAUAAUCAACACAGCAACUGACAAAAAUGGCCAAACUUGGGUUGGAGGCCAUGAGACGACAAAGACACCCUGCUACCUGCUACUGCUGCAAGUUCAACUGUAUCUGAUCAUCACAACAAGAUGGCAUCAGGUCUUCAUUUCAUGGUGUUUGACCAGUGGACUGUGGACUGGAACAAAUGCGGACUAUGAAUCAGACCAAUGCUGUGGGGAGUGUAAGUCCUGCCCUCCUGGUUGGACUCAGUUCAAAAAUCACUGUUACGUGUACCGCCAUGCUUCAAAGGACUGGGCUGAUGCAGAGGUUGCAUGCAUCGGCCUCGGUGGGAAUCUGGCAUCGGUCCCUGACAAAGACACUUACGACUUCAUCAAAAAUAUAAUCAACACAGCAACUGACAAAAAUGACGAAACUUGGGUUGGAGGCCAGGACACGACAAAGGAGGGUGUGUGGCUGUGGUCCGAUGGUACCAAGUUUCAAUUCAGCUUGUGGGGUCCCGGGGAGCCUAGCAAUGGUAACAACAAAGAGCACUGCAUGGAGCUGAACUACCUCGGAUCUCCCAAUGACGUGCCUUGCGAUCAAAAGAGACCUUUUGUUUGCGGCAAGCGCCUUGCCGUACAUCCCCACUGA